ACUUUGCAACAUUUACCCAUUAACGCUCCUGCCAUCUCCAUGAGUUUUUCGCGUUCGCGACGUCCACGACGUCCACGGCGUCCACGGCGUCCGCCAUGUCUUCUCCAUCCUCUCCGAUAUCCGAUCGUCCCUUGAACUCCUCCAAUCCCUCCAAUCCGCCCCAAACGUCCACCAUGGUGCCAAGAGAUCGCUCAGAAGGACGAGAUGUCCAUGUCUAUGAUGCCAAUGACUCUACCACCGUACUUGGUGGACUGGUUCUCACAAAUGGUGUCACAAAUAGCAACUUCUACUCGAUGGUGGAUAUUCUUGUCUUGUUUACAAGCUGCUUCGAAUUGCAACAUGAAGAAACCAAAGUUGAGAGAAAUGAUGACCCGCUUCAGCCCGGGAAGUACUACAUUAUUGCUGCAGGUCCUUUCUCGGUCAAUAAUGAGCCGUGGUUACUCCGAACCAUAUCUCAUUCCACUGGAACCCGUACCGAUUCCUUCCGCAAUGCCAUCCGUUCGCGAGACCGUCGAUGCGUCAUAUCCGGGCAAAAGGCUGUUGGUGCAUAUCGUAAUAACUGGAGAGGCUUUGAGGCUGCUCAUGUAUUCCCCCUGGCCUAUGAGGGCGAUUGGACUCAGCACGGCUAUGAUCGCUGGAUUACAAUUCCACCUGAAAAAGGUGGAACCAUUAACUCUGUGCAAAAUGGGAUGUUGCUCAGGACCGACAUACACCAGCUAUUCGAUAGCUAUGACCUCUCUAUUGACCCUGACGAUAACUACAAGAUCGUGUUCUUCUCCGAUGAUGGGGCGGGUCUCGCGGGAAAGUGUCUUGAUCAAGAGUUUCGUAAUAAUCCUCAACGACCCGUCGAUCCGCUUCUGCGAUGGCAUUUCAGACAGGCGGUUCUAGCAAAUAUGAGGGGUGCUGGCGAGCCUCAGUUCGAGCAUGAUUUCCCGCCAGGGUCGGACAUGGUUGGUGACAUUCUUAAUGGUCCAAAGGCAGCUGAAAGGAUGGAGUUUGAGCUGUUCAAUCGCCUAGCAGCCUAGGUCGAAACUAUAUAACUUAUCUUUAGACAAGGCAGGAAAAUGUUACUUCUCCAGGUUCGCUAAUAAGCUAGAAAUCUUUUAUGCCCAUGUUACAGCUUCGGCA